GGAGCACGUGACAUCCCAUACGUGUUUCGAUUUUUUUCUCACCCGACAAGAAUUUUCCAAUUCAAGAAAUAUCCCCCAAUCUUAUUAGUAUUAGGUUGUUGAUUUUUCGCACGGCCCGUGAAAAACCCUAGUGUAUAAUAGGAUUAGGGUCCGAUUUCGACCAAUUAAUUUUGUGUUUUUGUUUGCUGUUCUACUAUAACUCGUAGUUAUCAUACUUUCUCGGAUUUUGUUUCCCCUCUUUUCGUGAAUUUGGGGAUUUUCUUUUUCUUAAAAAUCGAUUUUUUAGUUGACUUUGUUUUUAUCCGAUUUGCUCUUGAUCUGUGAGCUAUGGACAUUCGCAAGCGAGGCGGAGGUGAAUUCCCCAACGGCAGUUUCAAGAAAUUUAAGCCAGAAAUGGACUCCUUAUCGAGUGGUAUAGGAAGCAAAUUGAAGCCAUGCACGAAGUUUUUCAGCACUGGUGGUUGUCCAUUUGGCGAAAACUGCCACUUCCUCCACUUUGUUCCAGGUGGCUACAAAACCGUUGCCCAAAUGAUGAACCUGAGCCCCGCUCCUCCAUCCAGACCAGUUCACGGACCGCCGCCACCUGUCCAAAGCCACAACGGCUCAGCCCCAUCUGCCGUCAAAACCAAAGUAUGCGUCCGAUACAAAACCGCAGAAGGCUGCAAAUUCGGCGACAACUGCAACUUCGCCCACGGCGAGUGGGAGCUUGGCAAACCCAUUCCACCUUCCCAAGAGAAUCCCCGUUCCGUUGGACCCGCUACUAACCAAACCCGUUACGCCCCACGGGUCGACCCGCCACCCGCAGUCAGCUUCGGUGCAUCCGCCACUGCAAAGAUAAGCGUCGAUGCUUCUUUAGCAGGUGCUGUUAUUGGGAAAGGUGGAGUGAACUCGAAGCAGAUAUGCAGACAGGCAGGGGUGAAGCUGGCCGUUAGAGAUCACGAAACGGAUCCAAAUCUUAGGAAUAUCGAGCUUGAAGGUUCGUUCGAACAGAUUCAACAAGCGAGUGCUAUGGUGAGAGAGCUCAUUGUUAAUAUAGGUUCGGCUGCAAGGGCCCACGCCAAGGGGUCGGGAGCUAUGUCGGGAUCGACGGGUAAUUUCUUGAAGACUAAGCUAUGUGAGAAAUUCUCCAAAGGGUCGUGCACCUUUGGCGAUAAGUGCCAUUUUGCGCACGGAGCAGCGGAGUUGAGGAAAACAGGGUAGCCGAUUUUUUUUUCUUCUUCUUGUGCGAUUUAUAAUCGAAGUGGUAGAUACUCGUGUAGCAUUUAGCAAUAUGUGAGGAUGACAAUCUUGGCUGUUGGCUUGUUGUUUAGUUUGCUGUGUUUUCUUGCUUGCUGUUCUUUAAUAAAUUCUGUUCACUUUUUUAACUAAUUUGAAUUAUUUGGAAUGUUGA